GGCGGGGCGCGCGCCCCCCCGCGAUGGCGCUGUGUGGCGGCGGCGCGGCGGAGCGCGGGCGGCGGCGGCGGGCGGCGUGACCCCGCCGGGGGGCGGCCGCGCUGCAUGGGGCCGGGGGCCGGCCGGUAUGGAGGGGGUCCUGUACAAGUGGACCAACUACCUGAGCGGCUGGCAGCCUCGGUGGUUCCUUCUCUGUGGUGGCAUCUUGUCCUAUUAUGACUCUCAGGAAGAUGCCUGGAAGGGUUGCAAGGGAAGCAUCCAAAUGGCUGUUUGUGAAAUUCAAGUUCAUCCUGCAGAUAACACACGAAUGGACCUGAUUAUCCCAGGGGAACAGUACUUCUAUCUGAAGGCAAGAAAUGCAGUUGAAAGGCAAAAGUGGCUGGUUGCACUCGGAACUGCCAAAGCCUGUCUGACUGACAGCAGGACACAAAAGGAAAAAGAGUUCACUGAAAACACAGAAGCCUUGAAGACCAAAAUGUCUGAACUUAGACUGUACUGUAACCUCCUUGUUCAGCAAGUGCAUAAAACAAAGGAAGCCAGCAUUUCUGGUGUGCCAGAACCAGAGAGUGAGAUUGAUAUGGGAGCUCUGUUGAAAUCAACCUGUGACACUUUCCUGAAGACUCUUGAAGAAUGUAUGCAGAUUGCAAAUACUGCCUUCACUUCUGAGUUAUUGCAUCAGACCCCACCUGGAUCUCCAAAUUUAGCAGUUCUCAGAACGAGCAAGGUAAAGCACUCUGUCUUGUCCAGUCACACCUCAACAGAAAGGCAGGUGGAAUUGAACCCCUGUGAAAAUGGCUGUGUAAAAGCAGAAAUUGACCAUCAAGAGCAAGCGGUUAUUAAAAGUAUGGAAUGUUUAAACUUGGAAACAAAUGAGGGGGCUGGUGAUGUUUAUGUUGAAGAUCAUGUAGCAAAGGAUUUGGCAGGCAUUAAAGACAAUGGAGAGGACAAUCUGCAAGCUGUAGAAGCCUGUGGUGCCCACAAGAUGCUGCAGUCGGAAACAAAUUCUUUAAGUGGAUUGGCUCUGUGUGAGGAGGAAAGAAAUGAAAAUGAUUCUCCUACCUUCUUCAGUGUCAUGAGCAAUAGGUUCAGUGAUAUUGAGCUUCGGGAGGAAGAGGGCAUACCAACAGAGGAGUUCCUGGAGUCAUGUUAUGCAAUUGUGCCUGUUCUGGACAAGCUGGGACCAACUGUUUUUGCUCCAGUUAAAAUGGAUUUUGUAGGCAACAUCAAGAAAAUAAACCAGAAAUUUAUAACCAACAAAGAAGAGUUUGAUACCCUUCAGAAGAUUGUGCUCCAUGAAGUGAACGCAGGUGUAGCACAAGUUAGAAACUCUGCUACAGAGGCUCUCCUGUGGCUGAAAAGAGGUUUAAAGUUCUUGAAAGGGUUUUUGACGGAAGUGAAGAAUGGGGAAAAGAAUAUCCAAACAGCUCUGAACAAUGCUUAUGGAAAGACAUUACGGCAGCACCAUGGUUGGGUUGUCCGCGGGGUCUUCGCGUUAGCUUUAAGGGCAGCUCCAACGUAUGAAGAUUUUGUGGCAGCUCUGUCUGUAGAUGAGUGCGAUCCUCAGGAAGAAACAUUUUACAAAGGAAUGCAGAGAGACCUCAACAUUUACUUACCAGCCAUGGAAAAGCAGCUAAAUAUCUUGGACACUCUCUAUGAAGUACAUGGUUUGGAGUCAGAUGAGGUGGUAUAACUACAGCAAGACCACAUCUUAAAAAUUCAGGGACUGUGUCUGUUAACAAAGAUUUCUUCCAUUUUGGUUUUGGGACAUCGUUUCUGUUCAUUGUAUCUUUUCAGGUGGGGAAGGGUGUCGAGUGUUUUGGGGGAAGGGCAUAUGUGAUUUUUAUCUUUUCAUUACGCUUGUGUUGCAUUUAAAUGCAGAGGUAUUGUCUCUCUUUGGAUCGUUACUAUGUCCAUGAUGAAUGUUUUUGACUGUUUCUCUUCUGCCUGUGCACCUCCUCUUCACCUCAUAAAAGUAACAGAGCAGAAUUUGGCCUUUGCUGCUGUACCUGAGGGGAGACCUGCUCAUGCAGCAGAGCUGUUGGGUCACCCAUUGGCACCCAGGCAGGUGCUGCUGCCUCUGACUCUCCCAUUCCCUGUGCCCACUCCCUGCCAUGGUGUAGGAGGAUAGUGAGAGUUAAUGUUACCCUGCUAGCAGAAGAGAAGGACAGCUAAACACCAGCUUUAAUGUGGUGAGUUUGUCCCUCAAUUUGGGUUGAAGCUCUUUAAUGCAAAUAAUAUAUUUGCAUGACAUAAAUAUUUAUUAAAUUAAAUAAAAAUUUUAAUCAAAGUAUUACAGAAAUCUUCGCCACAGGUAUAUGUGGCUGGUGGUCUGAGUGUCCCCAAGGUCUAGCCUUUCAAACAGGAUGUUGUGUUCCCUGACCAGCUCCCAGUACGUGCUGUGGCUCUCCUGCCAUAUAAACCUUUUAGAUUUUAGGGGUUUCUUGAAACAAAUUCAUGCAAAACUGUAAUACUUGCUUUUAGGUUGAGCACAGCUAGUAGUUUGAAAAGCAGAUAUCAUUAAAAUCCUUCCUAGACUGUUAUUAUGGGCAGAAACUUCAUGCAGGUGGACAUGAAAUGAGUGAAGUAUAGGGGAAGCUAAAAUUUGUGAUGGAGCUAUUAAACAUGGGACCAACUACAAAUCUCGAAUUUUGAAAUUAUUUAGAAGUGACUAAAAAUUAGGAAAGAUUUCCCCUUUUUCUCAUUUUGCUGAUACAGAUAAAAAUGUCUUCCUUAGCAUUGCUGCUAUUAAAAAUAAUGAAGAACUCCUUUUAGAUGGUGAUACGGUUAGCAACAAAAUUUCUAGUUGCGUUGAUGACCAACCAGAAGGCUCUCUGUGAAUUACUGACUCCAAUUCAAGGCAUAAGCAGGUCUCUCUGUGUUGACCUGAGGCUUCAGAUGGCUUUGUACAAAGAGCUGAGUUUAACUCAUGUGCAGGAGGGGUGAAGACUCUGCUAGUGAGGUACUUAGAAUUAGUAAGUUUUCAUAAAUACAGAAAGCAGUGUUACCAUACUCACAGAAGUAGUGCUGGCUUUUGCUAGGCUAAAACCAGUGUUGUUAGUAAAAUGAAUGUACUGCAGACCUGCUGCCCUGCAUUGCUCUGUGACAGGAGCCUCUGCACAGUGAAUACUUGAUCCUUUCUAAAGAGCCUAGCAUUGUAAGCUUUAAGAAAAGCAUGUGAUACUUGAAGAAAAGGCCAACACCAAACUUACUGUAUAAAGAUACCAGGAUUCUAAUUAGAUAUUAAUAGAGUCAUAGAAUUUGCUGUGUUGGAAGAAACCCAAGGGGUCAGGAUCAUCAAGCCCAACUCCUGGCACUGCACAGGACACCCCAAGAAUCCCACCAUGUGCCUGAGAGCAUUGUCCAAAAGCUACUUGAACUCCGAUGGGCUCAGUGACCAUUUCCCUGGGGAGCCUGUUCCAGUGUCCAGUCACCCUGUGGGUGAAAAGCUUUUACCUGAUAUCCAGCCUAAACCUCAGCUUCAUGUAAUUUCCUUGAGUCCUGUCACUAGUCAUGAGAGUGAAGAGAUCAGUGUUUGCUCCUCUGUUUCACCUCAGCUUCGUCAGGAUGUUGAAGACCACACUGAGGUCUCCCCUCAGUCUCCCUUCUCCAGGCUGAACUAACCAAGUGAUCUCCUCAUAAGGCUUCCCCUCCAGACCCUUCACCAUCCUCGUGGCCCUCCUUUAGAGAUUCUCUGACAGGUUAAUGGGUUUUUUAUAUUGUGGCACCCAAAACUGCCCCCAGCACUGGAGGUGAGGUGACGCUACCCCAGAGCAGAGCAGGACAAUCCCCUCCCUUGCCUGGCUGGCGAUGCUGUGUCUGCCCCCCAGGACAGGGCUGCCCUCUCAGCUGCCAGGGUGCUGCUGACUCAGAUUCAGCUUGCCAUCAACCAGGACCCCCUGAGCUCUCUGCAGUGCUGCUGUCCAGCAUCUCAUUCCUCUCUAUUCACACAACCAGGACUGUCCUCUCCCAGGUGCAGAAUCUGGCAUUUGCCCUUGCUAAACUUCAUGCAUUUGGUGAUUGCCCAUCUCCAAUUUGUCAGGGUCUCUCUGCAGGGCCUCCCUGCCCUCAAGGGAGUCUCAGUUUAGCUCCUCCCAAUUUGGUGUUGUUGGCAAACUUACUUAGUAUGCCUUCCAGUCCUGUGUCCAAGUCAUUUAUGAAGAUGUUGAAAAGCACAGGGCCAAGGAUGGAGCAAUGUGUAACUCCACUAGGGACAGGACAUCAGCCUGAUGAGUCACUACAACCAUUUGUGCCCAGCCCAUGAGCCAGUUGCUCACUGAUCACAUAACAUGGUUAUUAAGCUGUGUGCUAGUCAUCUUGUCCAGAAGAAUACUAUGAGAGACAGGGUUGAAAGCUUUGCUGAAGUCCAAAAAGAUGACCUCAGCUGGCUUUCCUAAGUAACUUAAGUGGGCUGCCUGGUCGUAGAAGGAAAUCAGUUUUGACAAUCAGGACUUCCCUGUCAUGAAGCUGUGCUGGCUGUGACCGUCGACUGCAUUGUCUUUUGGGUGUUUUUCAAUACCUCCCAGAAUAGUCCUUCCUAUGAUUUUACCAGGCACUGAAGUGAGACUGACAGGCCUGUAAUUUCCAGGGCCCUUCUUCUUCCCCUUCUUGAAAAUCAGGACAAUGCCAACUUCCAGUCAGCUGGGACCUCUCCACAUUCCCAAGGGAUUGUUUAAAUAGUGUGACUUCUUGGUCUGUCAUCUUCCCUGGGUUUUGCCCAUCUGUAGUUCCUAGGUACUCAAGAGGGAUCAGAAAGAAUCAGGUUUUAGUUUAGUGGAUUUUCUUAAAUUAAGUAUGUGUGUGAGUACAAAGUCAAAACUUUUGACCAAAGCUCUGUUCAAUUAUGUCACCACUUACAGUGCUAAAAAUGAAGGUGAGAGCUUUUGGAAUUCAGUUGUCUGCUGCUUCUAAGCAUGAAUCCAAAGAAACCAGCCCUGCAGGAGAACAACCAACACCCUGUGUGGUUUCCUCGUGGUUUUCAGCUAUUUUGUGGGAAACUUCACUGUAACAGUUUUUAGCUGAAUGGUCUGGAAAGAUAAUGGAGACCACAUUUCCACAAAAUAUCAGCUAGGUUAUGGGAAGAUCAGGAAGAGAUCCCUCUUCUCUAGAAAUUAACUAUCAAAUCACAAAAAAAAAUUUAAUUCCUUUUUGCUCUUAAGUUUUUCCAGUAGUAGAAAAGCAUAUUCAGCUUGGAGUAUUUGGAGGUAUUUUUGGGGUUUCUGUUUUGUUUUGGUUUGUUUUUUAACUAGCAGGAGAACCACUAGUUUGUUGGGUGUGCAUCAGAUGCAAAAUUUGUUUCAAGAAGUCAGGAGGCUUUAUUUUGUAGGCAAAGAACAGCUUCAUUGGGCCACUAGCUCCAGUUACUAAGUUCUACCAUUCUUCUGUCAUACAGCAAGCAGGGAGAGUGUUCCAUAUUACAUAUUCUUUAAUCAGCAUGGCAUCCUGCCUCAGAGCAGGCUUUCUCACCUUUUGUGUAAAGUUGUUUUUUCUGAACUCUGGAAUUGGUGCUUGAGAACGUUUUUAGGAGACCAUGGCUCCAGGAGACCCCUCUGUGCUUGUUGUUAAACAGGGGCCUUGCAGAGAAUGAAUUGAGCAAGGUCUCCUUGCCUUCAAAACUUGCACUUCUCCAUGCACUGCUCUUGCAGGGCGUUGAGCACUUCUAAGACUUCUGAAUGCUAUCUUUGCAGUCAAACCACCACUGAGAAAGAAACCCAUGCAGCAUGUUGCAGAGCUGAACUCCAAGUUACACUUCUCAGGAUGUAGUAGGUCAGAUGACCAAGUGGAAGCAAAUGCACUGAUAGACAACUCGCUGUCCUUUUCUGUGGUGUCAGUUUGGCAAGCAGAGAGGAUGGCAUUAGAAUAAUUGUAGACUAACAAUAACUAAUUUUUGGCCUUCAAAUUUAGAAUUGGAGAGAAGAUCGACGUUUUCUGUUUCGUCUGUUUGGUUUGUUAAUUAGUUAGGGUUGUUUUCUUUGUUGUGUUUUUUUUAAUGGCUGACAUUUAUGAACAACUGACCUGCACACUGAUAGACAUCCACAUGACUCUCAGAUAACAGCACCCUGGCUCUCUAUGCUUCACAUGAACUGCUUUGCUUUCUUGAGUUGCGCUAGUCUGAAGUUUUGCAUCCCUUUCCUUUGGAAAUGCUUUUGGCUGUUUCCUUCAGUGUCUGACAGUUGCAUAUUCUCAGGGAUUUUAUUUACCCAAGGUGAAAUAAGAGUAAUCACAGCCUUACCCUAGGGGGGAGUAAGGCUGCUUUUUGUGAAGUUAGUAUAGCUGAGCGUAGAAGUCUGAUACAGCAUAUGAGACAGGCAGUGUCCGUACAGUGUGCAUCCUUGCUGAGACAUGGUAAAUCCCAAAGCAAUCUGAUAGAAGUGCUGUGUAGUACUGAAUAAUUGCAAUCAGCAUAUUUGAAUAGAGAUCAUGAACACAUCUUUGUUAUAUAAUGUCAUUGACAUUAGAGCAGAGCUCUCAAGUUCAGGUGAGCUCUGCUUAGCAAUCAGAUACUUUUAUUUAUUUUAUUUAUUUUGUGGGGUUUUUUUUCUUUUUAAACAAGCUGUGUUCUGGAGUCCUCUCUGCUAUUUAAAGUCACCAUACUCAGUUCCAUAUUAAAGGUCUAUGACAUUACAAUUGUAGAAUAUGAACUGCAUACUCAAGUGCUUUAGUGUGAACACAAUGAGUCAUUGAAACAUCCCAUCUUGACACUGUUGGUGUUGUGGAUCUCCCUUUAACAAAUACAUUUAGAGUUAAGGGCCAUGUACCUUCACUUGAAAGCUUUUUGUAAAGCAUCAUCAGGAUUUAAGUUACAGCUGUUUGCUUUUGAAAAGUAUUUCCUAGUUUGAAAAGUGUUGCUUAGUUGGUUAGACAUGUAAAAAGUAUGCCCAAAAUCUGCCCCAGCUGUUUGCAGCCUGCUUUGGCAAAGGGGUGUGGGCCACUGUAGAAAAAAGUGCUACAUAUGUCCAUAUGCUGUACCUUCUAACCCUUUCUUUUCAUUGUCGCUUCAGCUUUUGUGGAAAUCUUUAGGGAAGCUUAAACUGCCUUUCAGACACCAGGAAAGAUCAUUAGCCUCUUCCUACCUGGCUGUCUUGACCUUUUUCCCCACCUGGUCCUUCCUUUCUAUCCACUGUCAUCUGCUUUGCUACAAAAGCUGUUGCUAUCAGAGCAAAGCAGGAUGUUUCAUAAGGCAUGCAAAUACAAACUCACAUAUUCAGAAAUGAAUUCUUUAGCAGGCAGCGUAAAUUGGGGCAUUUCAGACUUGGGUGUUCUGCCUCACAGGAAUGAAAGCACAAGGGUUUUUGGUUUUGUUGUUUUAUAUUGUUGUUUUAGUUUACUUAUUUCUGUCCUCUUGCCUGCAUAGCGCAGAUAACAAAACAAAACAAAAAAACAGUGUGGAAAUAACUGAAUUCAUGCCUCAUUGAUGCCUUCUGUAGCCCUCCGGUGAACAAACCCUGCAAACUUAUACUUGCCUCCAAGCAAUAUAAAACCUCCCUCAUGCAGGCGGGGUGUCAUAGUGCACUUACUGGCUCUGAGCAAACCCAGGCCAUAGCUGAUCCUGCUCACAGUUGACACAAGGAUUAAAGCGCUUGCUUUGAAGUUAUGACAUAGGCGUAUGCUUCACUUACACACACGUGCACCAUCCCACUGGCAUGCAGUUCUUCAAAAUGCAGUCUUAGAUUGUCAUUUUAAUGUCCCUUUCUUGAUGUAAGAUUUCCCCCCACAUACUUCAGAUAUGCUAAACAUGGAUUUUUUAAAUAUGAAACUUCCUUGUUUUCAUUUCCUUAUUUCUUCUUAACACUAAGUAUGUCAACUUUCUUUUGCAUUUCAGCAUUCAAGGUGUCCAAAAGUUAUUGAUUCCUUUAUUUAAAACCAUGUUGAAAGUUUGAGAUUUAUGUCUACUUGAAACUAUAUGAGUAGAUUGCAUUCCAGAAUACAAUAAUUAGACUGAAAGCCAAGGCAGCUUGCUUUUAUGGUUUCCUUUCCUAUUUUCUUUUUUUUCAAGCCAGUUUUGGGCAUACAUUUUUAUCAAUGUCAAGCUAAGCUUAAUGUAAGCCUUACUUUGCAUACUAAAACAUAUACGUACUGAAAUACAUUUAAAGACAAAGAGAAGGUAUAUUGCCUCACACUUUAAAUUUACAGAAUUCUAAGGGCUUGUUCGUGCCCCCCAAAUCACCUCUCUUAGUGUAAGCUUUGCACUAAGUGUGCUGUCAUAAGCAGUUCAGUCUGAAAUACUCUGAAGUUUCCAGUCUGCAUCAUCUCUCAAAUCAUACAGCAUCGGUCUCUUCUUUUGGAGCGUUUUUAAGACUUUGACAGACUUUUAUAUUAUUUCAUUAUAAUAAACUUAUUUUAAAUAAGCAUGUUUUUAAAUCUCGUUUCCUCCUUGCAUGGAUUUUGUUUCUUUUAUUACAAUAUAGGGCCUAAAGUGCUCUUCAGGACUCCAUUUGUUAUGGUUACUGUGUGAACAGUCGAAACCAGUAUGUUUCUGGUUGACAGAAACUGCCUGUAUGUAUCUUUGUAUGAAGAAUGUUAACACACAUGAAGCCUGUUCAGACUGUGAGAAUAAAAGCUGUGUCUGGCA